AUGCGAAUACAUCAGCUUGCUCCUUCCAAUCUUCCAGGCACUGGCAUGGUGAACUUGACGGUGAUCGGCUCCAAUUUUGGAGCUCAGGAUUACACUCCAAACUUGCUAGUCAUGAGGCCAAAUGGUCUCGUUUCUUGCCCAUUCACACAUUGGGCUUCAGAGAGCUGUCUCAUCUGCAGAGCACCGGCUGGGUUUGGCAAGGAACUCCAAAUCAUAGUUCAGGUCUCUGACCAAGAGUUGACGUCAGAAGGUAUCCUCUCCUUCGAUGUUCCGUCCAUCUUCUCAAUCGAACCAGCUUGUUCUCCUACGUUUGGUCUACAAGAAGUGUGGAUCAGGGGGAAAAACUUCGGGAAACUCAACACCAAAGAAAUCUAUUGCAAGACAGAUGAAAAGAAUGUUACUGUUUGCCAAACGCUAGGGUAUGUUUCUUUGCUGGUUCCACGGAUUUUCAUAGGAAUUUCGGAAUGUACAAGUGCUCGCUGGUUUUCCGAUGACCUCGUUUAUUGCAAGACUGUUGAGGGUACGGGACACUCGUUGAUUGUCAAGGUCGAUGUAGGCAAUCAAACAGGAUAUCUCUCGUCUGCCUUCACUUAUCAUGCUCCAGUCGUCCUGAACUCAACAAGAGUAGUAUCUUCACACCAAGAAGUUGAACUGACUGGAAGUUCCUUUGGCUUCUUCUCGAGCACACCCAAGGCCAGCAUCGGCUUGACACCAUGCGAAUUCACCUUUUAUUUCUCUGAUUCAAGUUUGACCUGCAAAGUUUCAUCUGGCGUGGGCCAGGACUUGACAAUCGCGGUCACUGUUGGCUCGUCAUUGCAGUCCAACAUUUCCUGCUAUCUCGCCUCUCUGAGUUCAGGGGACAUUGAUGCUCAGUCGCUGACGGAUCUCAUGACAGGAGGACAUGCAGACUUUUGCAAACAUCUUAGCCAGCUCUCCGCCUAUGGGAAGUACACUCGCUACGAACGUGCUCUGUUCACCUACGGAGGAACACUUAACUCCUCCGAACUGAACGUUUCUGCCGGAAGCACCGCGGCCUCUCAACAGAAUAUUGGCCCUGACGAGCAUCGCAUUCUGCUCAGUCUGCCAGGAUCGAAAUAUGGCUCAUUCGAUUCAUCAGCCUCUGUUCGCGUUGGGUUGACCGCAGCUUCAGCCACCCAUUGGAUAUCGGACUCGAUAAUAUGGGUAAAGCCAAGUUUUGGUCUAUCCGACAAUCUGGACCUUCAACUCACGAUCGCAAACCAAAGGGCCACGUUCUUCAGCGCAUUCUCGUAUGAUGUUGCGAGCAUUCAAGACACCCUGACGCUGCUUUCUCUUCUUGAUCCACAAUCACACAAUGAUUCAUACGCACAUAUCGUUCCAGGUAUCAAUUCUCCUGCGCUAGGGAACGUUUACGGGGCCAUAAUCUUAAUAUCUGGAGGCAUAGUUGACAGCUCACCCAGGGCAAGCCUUGGUACCGUCGCACAUUCCACCGCGUGGAUUUCUGACACUUUCAUCCUUGUCAAAGUCGCUCAGGGAAGUGGAUCAGGAGUUGACUUUUCUAUCACAAUUCAAGGAAUUUCAAGAGGUGGAGGCUCCGCUUGUCAAGUUUUCUCAUACGAUCUUCCAAGUGCACAGUUCGUCUCACACGCCCAUGAUGUGUUCACUGCUCCUUCUCUGCCUGAAAUGAUUCCAAACUUCCCCUGCGAAGGAGGAAAUCCAUUCCUUAUUUUCGGUUCAAACUUAGGGUCACAUGCAAACAGUCUGAAAAGCAAUCUUCAUAAGACUGCCAGUGAGUUUACCCUAUGGAGGAGUGAUAUCGUCAUCUAUGGCAAAGUUCCUGCAGGGUUGAAUCCCGUGCUUUUCUCUCAAGUUAGAAUCACCUCAGAUCUCCAAAUUUCAACAACGUCUCAGCUCUUCUCUUAUGACUCCCCCGCCUUUUCCUUGAUUUCUCCAAGUAACAUACCUACCUUGGGGAGCAAGCCGAACAUCUCGCAAGCGGGUGGGAUCUCAAUUUCUGCAAGCAACUUUGGAACUAGUUUGUAUUCUCUUGGACUUCGCGUUGAUGGGACAUCUGCAUCACACACGCUGUGGACUUCAGAUACCAGGAUCAAUUGCUACUUUGCUCGUGGGAUAGGAAGGAACUGGAAAUUGACGGCAAGUAUGAAUCAGUUGUAUUACACGCAAUCGCGAACAGUCUCAUAUGAUGUCGCGGUCUUGAAAUCAUCAAAUGGGACUAUAUGGAACUACACGCUUCAAUAUGUGAAUGAAUCAUGUAUUCAAGAGCAAGUUGUCAAUCAGAUUGCUGCAUCUACCUGUCUAAAUUCUACUACGGAAGGGUCGUGCAAUAAUUCCUAUUGGUACAAUUUCUUUCUAUCAACCAAUUGGAGUUCUCAAUCAGCAGUACUUGAGCUUCUGCCUGCAACGCUUUGGGAAAGAUGGCUUUUAAAUUGCUCGGAUCAAACUCAACUUGAUGGAAACUCUCCUGGAUCGAACUCAGCGACAAGAGGAGAAGCCUAUAUCACCUUCGACGGAAGCAGCUUGUCAAGUUUUGAUCAAAGUCCUCGGACUCGCGUUGGUCGCAGCUCAGCACAGCUGACUGCAUGGAUCUCUGACUCGUCGACCGUUGCAAAGCUUUGUGCAGGGCACGAUUACUAUCUGAUUGUGACUGCAACUGUUGCUGAACAGUACAGAUCUUUGUCUGAAAUCUUCACAUAUGAUGCGGCAGUGCUCCAAAAAAUCGUUCCUCCCGAAAGACCUCCUUCGGCUCUUCCAUCGGCCGCCGAGAUCACGUUAUUUGGAUCGGCGUUGGGUGAAUAUGACACGUCCUCGCUGAUUUCAGUCGGGGGAACUUUCUGCCAGUACUCUCGAUGGUCGAGCGACACCAGCAUGAUCUGCGCAGUAUCAAAUGGCGUCGGAGUGGAAAAAGACGUAGUACUGCAGAUGCAAUCUUCUUAUGGAGGCUUGUUGCAAUCAAGCUCGUUUGCUUCCUUUCUACUCGUGAGCAUCAUCGAUUCCAUACAGGUUAUUGGAGGAGCAAACGUCCACGUCGUAAGAAUUGCAAUCGAUACGUUUAUCAUGGGAUUUCAGACUGACUCAAAUUUACCCUACUAUAGCCCUUUGGGUUCUUCGAACUUCAUCAUUGAUGGAUUCUUGAAGAGUCCGACAGCAAGUUCUGAUAAUCUACCGCUUUCUGGGAAAGACGCAAUUCUGUUCAGAAACAUGACUGCUUCAUGGAAUCAAAGUUACGGGAGACUCAAUCUUUCGCUUGCUCCUGGGGCACGACUGACUGCAGGGUAUUUGCUUGAGAUAUCCUUUGAAAUCAAGAAUCCUUUGACAAAACAGCCUCCUAUCAUUCCUGUCAUCUGGUUACAAGGCAGAACUCCUAUCUCACCAAAGAGGAUGGACGGGUUUGCGCUCAACUCUACUAUCGCACCCAGAUUUGAUUAUACCUUUGUCAACUUCUCGUCGCCUGUUCUGUACGGCCUGACAACUCUUCGUUUCGAGUUCCGACCGAAUGCUGACAUGGAACCUGGAACUAACGUCACUAUCUCAGGUCUGAAGGGUUCAACAACAGUACAGAACCUCGAGCUUGAACUGCUGGGGCCCGCUUCAUCGAUUUUCACGUCGUCAUAUUUCAUCAACAUGACCAACAAAACGUAUGGGUUACUCUGUAAUGGGACAGUCAAGGGAAUUCUAGACACCAAUCCGCGGAAUAUCAAAUUGGAUGCCUGUGACUGUGUGAAGUUGGGAUAUUACAUCAACAUAAAAAAUGAGUCAAGGCAAAUCGUUCAGAUCAUCUCUCUUCAAAGUUGUACGUUGUAUAUAGACACCGCUUUCACAGUUGUCCAAGCUGGGUUCAGCAUAUACAAUGAGCCUGAGUACAUAAUUUCGACAGGGCAAGAUUAUGCUGUGCAUGUUUCUUCUCCUGGAAAGGCUGUAUGGUUACCACUAGCAGGAUGUACUCCAAUGCCAGCAAAUGGUCAGAGAAUUUGUUUGCCGUUGGACGGAUCACUCAUGUUAUCUUCAAACACUAAAAUCCGCUCGGGUACUGUGAUUGUAUUUGAGAUCAGACUGCGGAAUAGUCGUAAUGCACAAGCUGCAUUGACGCCUUCGAUCAGUGCAACUGGUUUUCUUAAUUUUGAGAUACAGAGCAUGAACGGGUUUGCAUUACUCGCAGAUUCCUAUCCUUCAUUUCCCUAUACAAAUGUGAAAUCAAAUUCCAACGUAAGAUUUGGUGUCAAUACCUUCACUGUCUAUCUAUCAACAAACGUUGACAUAGAAGGCCCCGCUGUUUUAGCUGUGGAAGGAAUUCAAGGCAUUGAAAGUGUGGAUUCGACAUCGAUUCUUUUGAAUGGUGCAAAUGCAUCCCUUUUCACGAACUCGCUUGCAGCCUGGAAUCAGCAGUCAGGGAGCAUUACGUGCAAUCUCAAUACAGGAAGUACUAUCAAGGGUGUCGGAAAUCUGGACGAAUUGAUAAUCGCAAGCCCGGGCUGGGGGUAUGAGGAUGGAAGGCUUCACAUCCACAAUGCCAGCGGCCGGGGAUUUCGAGCUGAUUUUGUGGUAAACCCAGAAGGAUCUAUCAAGUUGAUCAACAUUCUCAGUGCAGGUUAUGGGUACUUUGCCGACUUCUCAUUUGAUUUCUACUUUGCAAACAAGGAUGUCAGCAUGACAUACACCAUUACGAAAGUAUAUGUUCAGAAUGAUUUGACUUCCUUCUACAUGCAUGGAUGUUCAUUUCCUGGGACUUUAUCUGCUGUUGAACCACAUGGUUCGGGGUUUGAAGGUUUCUAUGAAGUAUCAGACGGUGCUAUCUUGAAUGUGCGACUCACCAAGAAUGGUCAGGACUACCUAUCGAAACCAGUCCUAGUCACAAAUGAUACGUCUUGUCGAUGUGGAUCUGGCAUUGAAGAAGUUAUCAUAGUCAAUGCUGGUGCGAACUUAACAUCUACUGGGAGAUUGCAGUUGUCUACCUUGAAUGUCGGCAGUGGGUUUGCUGCUUCGUUUUCUGCAUUUCCCAACGGUUCGCUAUCGAAGGUGACCGUUGAAACUGUAGGAAGUGGGUAUUAUUCGGGAGUGGUUGACUGGGUCUUGCUGUGCUUCGACGAAGCGAACUCGAUCUACUUCGAAUGCAGUGGAGGAGUUCAGCUCAGUUUCUUGGUGGGUAAAUCCUCUGCAACACCUGGAGGAUUAGAAAAUUGUGUUGGACUUUAUUGGGCCAACAGCGCGGAGGUUCUUCGAGUUUCAAGAGUGAUUUCCUUCGAUUUCUCUCUCAGGAACAAUGAUCUAGCUAUCUCUCAACAAUAUGUCUCCAUUGCUUUAAAUACGAGUACUGUUGCGAUCCCAAAAACAAUAGCUAAAAAUUCGAUUCUACCGUCCAAUUCUUAUCCGAAGUUUUUGAUCAAGGACAUUGCAUCAAGCUCUUCUGUCAGCUAUGCCACAACUUUAUUAACAGUCACUUUGUUGCCAAAUGGUGAUUUGCUUCCAGGUGAAAAAAUUACUAUUUCGGGGCUAUAUGGUUCAAGUACGCCUUCAUCGCUCAUUGAAAUAUCGCAAGGAGACCAAAUUUUCGUUCGACUGGCCCCAUGGAAUGUCGACGCAGGCACAAUCAUUCUAACCAUUGGCAAGGACAAAAGAAUGCGGUCAGAUAUAGCAACAGUGCUUUCGUUUCAAUUGAGGAACAGUGAAGUGGAAAACCUCAAGGCAAUUGCUUACAUUGAGAGCACUGUGGAUGGAAGCUGGGAUGCGCCGCUUCGAAAUCUUACCAAAUUUUCUGAUGGUUACAUGCCAAUUGAAAGAGAGUGCAUGAACAUGGAAACGUUUGAUGUGGAUGAGAUGGGAAGAUCGAUACUUGCAUGCACAUUUGACGCGUCGACUCUUCCAUGCUGCAAUGAAUAUUCUACGUCGUGCUGCUCACUUCUUAAUGGUAAAUUCCAGCCUUACUUUUGGAUGAAGAACAUCUCAUCUUCGUCGAGUGUUGCUGGAGCAAUCACUACAAUAACUGUGUCUCUUGCAGCAACUGCGACGAUCGGAGCACCCAGCGAAAUAACACUGUCAGGAUUCAAAGAUGCUGGAUUCAAGACGGCAAACAUUUCUGGGGAGUAUCUUGAUUUGGCUGGUCCGAACGCUGGCACUUUUACAAGCAGUCAUGCAAGUUGGAACGAGGAGGCUGGAAACGUCACUCUUAGCUUUGUCGGAUCACGAACCCUUACCGUUCAAACUCCUACGAUCUUUUCAUUUCAGAUUCGAAAUCCUUACAAGCUGAAUGAUGGAUCCAAAGUUUUGAUUUCAUCCUCGGGUCGAGGCUCUGGAGUGAUCUUCAUCGCCGAACAGACAAUGAUUGGACUGGUUUACAAUACUUCUACAUAUAUUUCGGUCACACUUGUUUUCAAUGCACUCCUUGUCUCCCCGGCAAGAAUAAUCAUAGAGGGCUUGGACGGUUUCGAGUUCAAUCAGCGCAAUAGUUCUACAAUACAAAGUAAGAUUUGGGAGUCAGUGUACAGUGGUACAGCACAGUUUUCAAACGGAAGUGCACUGGUCACUUUGGAUGCAACCGCUUCAUCAGUCGAUGGAGCAUACACGGGCAUGAUACUUCUAAUCCUCUUCAAUGACACCAACCAACCUUUCUGGAGAUUUUCAAUUCAAUCUUAUUUCGGCAAGACGAAGCUGGCCACUCUGAAGAAGGAAAUUCCAGCAAUGCCCAUAUUGGUUUCUAUUGGGAGCGUAGUCAUCAUGACAAACAACUAUUAUUUGGAUGAUAAUUCUGCCUCGUUUUCAGACGGAAACUUUUUCGUAGCGCUGAAGGCUGGACAAACAAUUUCGCCUUCCCCAAGUGAAUUUGUAUUCAUGAUUGAUGUAGUUCAAACUGGAAGAAUUGGAGGUUCAAGGAUUGUCAGCGUUGCUGUCGACGGAGUUCUUCCAUUUCAAAAGACAAAUUUUGAAAUAGCUCAAAUCGAACCAAUAGGCCCACCAUCAUUUGUGACUGCAAGUGUGUAUACCACGUCGAAUGUUCUUGGUGGAUGGAACACCAUAUUUGUGACCUUGAGCAUCAAUUUUGACGUACGAGACCACAGUUGUUCAAGCGCCUCAUUUUGUUUUGCGUUUACUAUCACUGGGUUGACAAACUUUCAGUCUGAGGAAAUUUUCCAUACAGGUGGUCAAUCAAAAGAUAGUAUUGCCAUGGUAGACUGGAAUAGAAACAAAGGCAUUCUGAUCGUUUAUCUCAAAAAUGAUAUUGAGAUUUAUCCUCUGGAGGUUCUCCAAUUUUCGUUCACCCUUCUCAAUUCAAUGUACAUGGUUGAACCUCUCACCACCUAUGUUUCCUCAAACAGUCCGCAAUCGAUCGAUCGGCAGCAAAUGACAGAAGGUCACUCAAUCGAUCAGGAUCAAAUGAUUUCCCUUUGGUUUGAACUCCGGAAUCCUUAUCCUGGUUUUGAAGUGGUUGACAAUUUAACGAUCUCGUCGUACGGGGCGAUGAAUUUUAAUGCUACAAUUCCUUCAAAAGUUUCACCGAUUGAAAACGCUUCUUUGACCUCUUCCUUAAUUUCUUGGAGCUCUGAGGUCACCUCUGGGUACAAUAACUUCUCGGUCACCAUUGCUGGGAACUUCAUGCUUGAGCCUGGAGCUCAAUUCCUACUGCAAGUCCCAGCCUUCGAGUAUGCAAAUUUGGAGUGGAAUACGGACAAACGAUCUACUAUUGUCACUUUCACCAUAACAUUCAUGUCAAACGUGCAGGUUUUUUUGUUGGCCAAGGCGGAGCAUGGGACUCUGGAAUUUGGCGAAAGAUUACUCACCAAAGCUCAAAAUUGGAUCAACGUUGUGCGAAUUGUCCCGUUGGACCUCCGAUACUAUCAUAACACUUAA